CGCGAGAUAGAGAGGGUGUGACGGAGACUGGCAGAACAACGGGGAAAAUGCAACGAGAUAAAAACGCUCGGCGCCGGCGGGUUGUUGUGUCUAGGGGUGGUAGUAUCCGUACUCUGUUAGAGAUUGCGUGUCACGCAGAAUAGGGGUUGCCAGAGUGGGCGAAGGAGACUGGAGAAAAGAAAAGAAAAAAACUCUAAAAACUUUUAUUUCCCCCCCCUUGUCUUCCCGAGUUUCCCAGCUUGCGCCCGCAGAACGCGACUCAAGGCGCCGCCGACGACGACCGAACACGGAAGAAGAAGAGACGUUUCUCGUCCACGACGGCCGCAACGCCGAAAAAAACGGCGGAAAAUGGUCCAGCUCAACAUCAACCCCUAUUAUCUACUGACAAUCCUCGUUAUCUCGUGCGGGUCUAUUCCCAAGGGCUACGAUGAAGGCGGCUUCAGCGCCGCGACGGGCCUGCCCUCGUUCAAGAACGACUUCGGCCUCGUCGCCAGCGCGUGGAAGGGCAACGAGUCCGGCCUGGCCGACCGCAAGGCCAACAUCUCGUCCUUUGGCGUCCUCGGCGCCGCUUUCGGCUGCCUGGUCGCCCUCGCCGUCAACGACAGGCUCGGCCGGCUGCGGUCCUGGCAGCUGUUCGUCGCCGUGUGGAUGACCGGCAACCUGAUGCAGGUCUUCUCGUCCGGCAUCCUCGGCCUCAUGCUCUUCGCCCGCAUCUGGGGCGGCCUCGGCGCCGGCGGCCUCACCGUCGUCGCCCCUCUGUACCUGUCCGAGAUCGCGCCGGCCAAGUCGCGCGGCAUGGUCGUCAGCAUCUACAUGGUCGUCCUGCUGUCGGUCCUGACCAUCGGCUUUUUCAUCAACUAUGCCGCCAACGCGACCCUGGCCGCGACGCGGAUGCAGUACCGCCUCGUCAUCGCCGUCCCGCUCAUCCCCACGGGCCUGGCGCUCAUCGCGUCCUUCUUCCUCGACGACACCCCGCGCUGGCUCGCGUCCCGGGACCGUGGCGAUGAGGCGCUCGCCGCUCUGGCGAGGCUCCGGCACGCGGACCCGAGCGACCGGGCGCUGACGGCCGAGUACGACGAGAUCCACGAACAGAUCCGCAACCGGAAGCAGAUCCUCGCCGAAUCGUCCACCUGGUCCAUUGCCAAGGAUAUCGCCACCACCCCCACCUACCGCACGCGGUUCCUCCUCGGCGCCGUGAUGCAGACCGUCGCGCAGUGGUCCGGCGGCAACGGCAUCACCUACUACAUCCCCGAGAUCUUCCAGUACGCCGGCGUCGUCGGCGACAACACCUCGCUCGUCACCAGUGGCGCCUACGGCGCCGUCAAGCUCGUCUUCACCAUGGUCUUCACCUGGAGCCUGGUCGACGUCUUCGGCCGCCGCCGCUGCUUCAUCGCCGGCCUGUUCCUGCAGUGCAUCACCCACGUCUACAUGGCCGUCUACAUGAGCGUCUGGGUGGGCGGCGGCAACAAGUCGGCGUCCGACGCCGCCAUCGCCUCCGUCUUCGUCUACGCCGUCGGCUGGUCCAUCGGCCUGUGCACCGUGCAGUACCUGUACGGCACCGAGAUCUACCCGACCCGUAUCCGCAGCGUCUGCUACGCGACCAACAUGACGCUGCACUGGUUCUUCCAGUUCGCCGUCGUGCGCGUGACCCCCAACAUGUUUGUCAGCCUCGACGUCUGGGGCGCCUACGUCUUCUGGGCCUGCAUCUGCGCCGGCGGCCUCGCCAUCCUGGGCCUCUGGGCGCCCGAGACCAAGGGCAUCCCGAUGGAGAGGAUGGAGGAGCUGUUCAGCGGCCCGUGGUGGAUGGGAUGGAGAGCCGGCGUCGACCUGGAGUCGAGCGAGACCACACCCUUUGGGAAGGACGGCUCGACAAGGAAUGAUUCGAAAGAAGGGCCUUUCGCGCCGGACCGGAAGACGGAUGUUUAGUCAGAAUCUGCUGCUACGUGCUUUUUUUUUUCUUCUUCUUCUAUUCCCCUCCAGCUAAAACAAGACAAAUAGUCCUUUUAAUGACCGCAUCUUUCAUGAGACCACA